CAGUAAUAACCUGGCCGACCUGGACCGGCUUCGUCAUCUGCUUGUGAAAGUGUGGCGUGUGGCGCAGUCUGUGCACGGGCCUAUACGCAUGCCACCGCUACCAAUGUGACGGGGCUGCUCGAUUCCCAAAUCCAUUCACUCGACAACACUCUUGCACUCGUUCCCGCACCCUUACAUAGCGUUUCGACCCCGUUCGCUGCCUCCUAGACCAGGAAAUUCCCUCUCUCGCGAGUAUCCUCAUCUUCUACGCCCGCCGGUCAUGGCGACCACCAACCCCACGGCCAUCAACGUGAAUGACCCUGGACUCAUUACGCUGGUAAACAAACUCCAGGAUGUCUUCACUACAGUCGGAGUCCAAAACCCCAUAGAUUUACCCCAGAUCGCCGUCGUAGGUUCGCAAUCGAGCGGGAAGAGUUCCGUGCUGGAGAACAUUGUGGGGAGAGACUUCCUACCACGAGGUACCGGUAUCGUCACACGAAGACCGCUCAUCCUCCAGCUUAUCAACCGGCCGCCCGCAAAUAACCAAGUAAACGGAACCAAGGAUGUCAAGACAUCGGACGCCGAGUCCAACGUGGACGAGUGGGGCGAGUUCCUGCAUAUCCCAGGGCAGAAGUUCUUCGAUUUCAAUAAGAUCCGGGAAGAGAUCAUAAGGGAAACAGAGUCGAAGACGGGACGCAACGCCGGGAUCUCCCCUGCCCCUAUCAACCUGCGGAUAUACUCGCCGAAUGUCCUUACCCUCACCCUGGUGGACUUGCCUGGCUUGACAAAGGUGCCUGUCGGAGACCAGCCGAGAGAUAUCGAAAGGCAGAUCCGCGACAUGGUACUGAAGUACAUCAGCAAGCCUAAUGCAAUAAUACUUGCUGUCACGGCUGCGAACACGGACUUGGCGAACUCUGAUGGUCUCAAGUUGGCACGUGAAGUGGAUCCCGAGGGACAGCGGACAAUUGGUGUAUUGACCAAGGUUGAUCUCAUGGACGAGGGAACCGAUGUCGUGGAUAUUCUUGCCGGGCGCAUCAUCCCGUUACGGUUGGGAUAUGUGCCAGUUGUGAACCGAGGGCAGAGGGAUAUUGAGAACAAGAAGGCCAUUUCCUACGCCCUCGAGCACGAGAGGCAGUUUUUCGAGAACCACAAGGCAUACCGCAAUAAGGCGGCCUAUUGCGGAACUCCUUACCUCGCACGAAAGCUCAACCUGAUUCUCAUGAUGCACAUCAAGCAAACUCUCCCCGACAUCAAAGCCCGUAUUCAAUCCUCAUUGCAGAAGUAUACCGCUGAGCUGGCGCAGCUGGGAGAUUCCAUGUUGGGCAACAGCUCGAAUAUCGUUUUGAACAUGAUCACAGAGUUUACCAAUGACUACCGGGGUGUGCUGGAAGGAAAGAACCAGGAACUUACAGCGACCGAACUGUCUGGCGGUGCCCGUAUCUCCUUCGUCUACCACGAACUGUAUGCCAACGGUAUCAAGGCCGUCGACCCCUUCGAUCAGGUGAAGGAUAACGACAUCCGUACUGUUUUGGUCAACUCAUCCGGUCCUUCCCCGUCGCUAUUCGUCGGCACCGCUGCGUUCGAAUUGAUUGUGAAGAAGCAGAUUAAGCGUCUAGAGGAACCCAGCUUGAAGUGUGUGAGCUUGGUGUACGACGAAUUGGUCCGCAUUCUGAGCCAGCUGCUUGCGACGCCCAUGUUCAGACGAUACCCUGCAUUGAAGGAGAAGUUCCACGCUGUGGUUAUAGCAUUCUUCAAGAAGGCCAUGGAUCCUACGAACAAGCUGGUCCGCGAUCUCGUAGCCAUGGAGGCUUGCUACAUCAACACUGGCCACCCUGACUUCAUCAAUGGCUCACGCGCUAUGGCUAUAGUGCACGAAAGGCAUAACGCCAACAAGCCCGUGCAGGUGGAUCCCAAGACUGGUAAGGCUCUUCCACCGGCUGUCCCACCGCGCUCGCAAUCGCCGUCCCUUGACGGUAAUGAGGGAAGUGGGUUCUUUGGAUCGUUCUUCUCAUCGAAGAAUAAGAAGAAGAUGGCUGCGAUGGAGCCUCCGCCACCGACGCUGAAGGCGUCUGGGACGCUGUCUGAGAAGGAGGUGCAGGAGGUUGAAGUCAUUAAACUGCUCAUCACAUCCUAUUUCAACAUCGUCCGCCGCACAAUGAUCGACAUGGUACCCAAGGCCAUCAUGUUGAACCUCGUCCAAUGGACGAAAGAAGAGAUGCAGCGCGAACUACUCGAGAACAUGUACAAGACCGCGGAGCUCGAUGACUUGCUCAAGGAGUCGGACUUCACCAUCCGAAGACGGAAGGAGUGCCAGCAGAUGGUGGAGAGUUUGACGCGUGCGAGCGAGAUUGUUAAUCAGGUACAGUAGGCUGGCAGCAUGAGCGGUGGUGUUGAGGUGGUGUUCUUAAUGACCAUGGCUUGCGAAUUGAUGGUAUAGAGGAUGAUGUAGUUCAGACACGGCGAUAGACGCUACCUUUGCGGAGUGAGCUCUGUUUUGUCCUGCUUUUGGGAGGAGCAUUUGCAGUGCGUUUAUGUGGGGAUUGAGGGGAGGGGUCGAGAUGUAUAUCCAUGUAGCUGAGUGGAAUGAAGCUUUACGUUGAU